AUUUAUUGGACUGUACAACAAAAGUUCAUCUCCUUCAUCUCACGAACUGCUGCUCCUCCCUCUUCCUCUCCGCCGGUGCCUCCGUCGGUUCCGCCGCCCCCCCCGUCUGUCUUCCCUGAUAUUGUGCUUCCAUAUUCUUCAUCUUUCUCUUUCCGAUAUUAUCCAAGUUCUCAUAUUCGUCAUUCUUCCAAGUUCUUUCUUCCAGAUUUGAUUUUCCAUAAAAUUCUCAUUAUUUUAUUUUGAUUCUUUAAUACCCAAAGACCCAAGAACAAAGGGUAUUUUUUAAAAGGAUUUUGAACGAGACAGAAUAAAAAGAUUGAAGCUUUAUUUUGGGUUCUUAUUGGGUUGGGCCUGAAUUCUCGUUGCAUCGGCCCAUAAAUCUCGAACUUUUCCGUUCAAGUUCAGUUACUAACUAACUCAAACCACCGACGGUGUCACCGAUGGCUACUUCUUCACCACCUACGGAGGCGGCGGAGGCACUAUCUCCCACGGUGAGUCAGAGAGAUCAAUGGAUAGUUGAAUCACAUGUCUUUCAGAUUUAUCAACUCUUCGCCAGUAUUCCUCCCAACGCUCAAUCGCUCAUGUUGGAGGUGCAGCGAGAUAAACACAUCGAGUAUCUUACUAAAGGACUUCAUCACCUCAGUUCAACUUUUUCUGUCUUAGAUUCAAAUCGACCGUGGCUGUGUUAUUGGAUUAUUCAUUCAAUUGCUUUGUUGGGAGAAUUUAUUGAUGAUGAAAUCGAAGAUAAUACCGUUGAUUUUCUUAACCGUUGCCAGGAUCCAAAUGGUGGAUAUGCUGGGGGACCUGGCCAGAUGCCUCAUCUUGCCACAACAUAUGCUGCUGUCAAUACUCUUAUUACUUUGGGUGGUGAUAAAGCUUUGGCAUCAAUUAAUAGAGAUAAAUUGUAUGGGUUUAUGCGGCGGAUGAAACAGCCAAACGGGGGAUUCAGCAUGCACGAUGGAGGAGAGAUCGAUGCUCGAGCUUGCUACACUGCCAUUUCUGUAGCAAGUGUUCUGAAUAUUUUGGAUGAAGAGCUGAUCAAGAAUGUUGGAGACUUCAUUUUAAGCUGUCAAACAUACGAGGGAGGCAUUGCAGGUGAGCCGGGUUCCGAGGCUCAUGGUGGGUAUACCUUUUGUGGGUUGGCUGCAAUGAUUCUGAUUGGUGAGGCUAAUCGCUUGGAUCUGCCUCGCUUACUUGACUGGGCUGUAUUUCGGCAAGGUAAGGAGUGUGGCUUUCAAGGGAGAACAAAUAAAUUGGUGGAUGGAUGCUAUUCGUUUUGGCAGGGAGGUGCUGUUGCACUAUUGCAAAGAUUACAUUCUAUCAUCGAUGAACAAAUGGCAGAGGCAUCACAGUUUUCUACAAUAUCCGAUGUACAUGAAGAAAAUGAAAGUUUAGCCGGAACCUCAAGUCAUGCUACUUGCCGUAUUAAGCAUGAAGGCAUGAAUGAAUCCCAUUCACCUGAUUUUAAAAAUAUUGGCUAUAACUUCAUUAAUGAGUGGAGAGCAAGUGAACCACUUUUUCACAGCAUGGCCUUACAACAAUAUAUUCUCUUGUGUGCACAGGAUCAAGAUGGCGGACUACGGGACAAACCGGGUAAGCGGAGGGAUCACUAUCACUCAUGUUACUGUUUAAGUGGACUCUCAUUAUGCCAGUAUAGUUGGUCAAAGCGCCCAGAUUCUCCGCCGCUGCCUAAGGUGGUAAUGGGUCCUUACUCCAAUCUCUUAGAACCAAUCCAUCCUCUCUUUAACGUUGUUUUGGAACAAUAUCGCGAAGCUCGUGAAUUCUUUGCUGGGUUGUGAUUGGUGACUAGGUUUUAGCUACCAAUAGCUGUAUCUGUAGAAUGUAAAAUGUAAAAUAAUAUACUUUGUAAUGUUACAUAGAAAUAUGAAAUAUCAAAAAAACAUUAUUGGAUUGGAAUUCAUGUGAAUCUAAUGAACUUGCAUGGUUUUCAUUCCUUGUUUAA